AUGCACCUCGAGGAUUAUCACGGCGAGCGGAGCGAGGAGGACGACGUGCGACUCCCCGUUCUGGAGCAAGACGACUUCGUCGACGACGGUUCCCUGCCCGAUCUGAUGUCCAUGGCGAUGACCGGCAUAGACGUUGACGUCGUCCAACCGUACUGCUGGACGACCUCGCAAAUGACGGAUAACAGCGUGCUCUUCUCUCCGCUGGAAAUCGGCACGGAUCCGCGGGAUUAUCUCGACUGGGAUCAGGUACCCGUUGUCUUUCAGUAUCCUACCAACGGCAGUGGAUCGCCGGCUGGUAGCACCUGUAGCGAGGCGACCACGCCGACUUGGAGCAACGUAGUGACAGAUAAGUCAUCGGACUGUCGGAAGUUACCGUCGAUGGGCUCAGCCUUCUCCUUCUCGCGCAAUUUCAACAACACGAUUUUUCCGGAAUACGGAGCAGAAUCGCAGGGCGAGUAUCAGGAUUAUCCCGACUGCCAAGAGGACAUGGUGUCACUGUUGAUGAGCAUUCAAAACGACGUUACGGUUCAGAACUACAGCCCCUCGAUCGCCGACGAGUUUGACCUCAGUCUGAUCAGGGGUGACCCAACGUCGUUGCUGAGCAACGUGGAUUCGCCGUCGUCAUCAUCGACGACUUGUCUCGCGGGCGAUGAGCAGCAGGAAUCAUUCCAGAAUUUUAAUCCGCCGUAUUACGCGGUUGGACAUCUCGUUUCCUCUCAACAACAGUCGACAACGAUCAACCUCGACGGUGAGCUCGUUGGCGCGAUGGACGGUUUUGGUAAUCAGGUGAUAUUGCCGCGAAAUGAGGGCUUGUUGCUCGGGAAUAAUCGACGGGUCACCGGGUCGAAAGUCGCUGAAACCGAGAAGAAUGACAAAUCUUAUGAUUGCGCGAGACCAGUGGAUGAUAGCCUCACGUUGGCUUAUCAGUGCCGUUGGAUCGACUGCGGCUGUGCAUUUACGGAGCAAGAGGGUCUGGUGCGACACAUCGAGAGGCGGCACGUGGAGUCGUCCUCGAUGAAUGCGCACGGCCAUGGCAGACGGAUUCAACGAGACCGGGAUAAGGAGCGAGACGGCAAGGAGGCGGGAGACGGCUUUCUCGGGAUGGCCACGACGGCGACGACGACGGGCCGCGAAGACGAGUUUGCCUGCCUGUGGCAAGGAUGUCCGCGCGCUCGACCGUUCAACGCGAGAUACAAAUUGCUCAUUCAUAUGCGGGUACACACGCAGGAGAAGCCGAAUAAAUGUCCGUUUGUUGGCUGUAAAAAGGCCUUCAGUCGUUUGGAAAACUUGAAGAUACACCAGAGAUCGCACACGGGCGAAAGGCCUUACGCUUGUCAACACAAUGGAUGCUCAAAGGCAUUUAGCAAUAGUAGCGAUCGGGCCAAGCAUCAGAGAACGCAUUAUGAUAGAAAACCAUACGCCUGCCAAGUGAGCGGCUGCGGCAAACGGUACACGGAUCCGUCGAGUCUUAGGAAACAUUUGAAGAAUCACACGGAGAAUUCGAGUACGUUAUCCAAUCUAUUAUCGUCGGAUAAGGUACCAACGAGUAACGUGACGAUAGGACACAAAUUAAACUCGACAAUUCCUCAUCGAAGAAGUCAAAAUGCGUGCAUCCUCGACGUGGAAACGGAUCAUUCGUUGUACAAGUUAUCUAAAACUUACGUCAAAGAGGAGAACACGUUGCCGGAUAAUACAUGCCAACUGAAUAGAAUCUCCUUGAAUUUCGACAGCAAUCAGCAGGAAUACGUGCCGAUCGAAUCGGUUCGUCAUCUUCUGAUCAACGACAUCAAUAAUGUACAGAACGAGAAUACAGGAUUCUGCGUGACUGCAGAGGACGUGCCGGAUUUUCAUGAAUUAGGCGUCGACACCGAGCGACAGUUCCACGAGUUGAGCAUCUUAAACGAAGCUAUCUUCAUCGAUGGAUGAGCCUUUCAGUUCAGCUAAAGAAUCCUUUCUCUGACGAAGGUGAAACAGGGCGUGAUGCGUCGGUGAAUGAAUGGAUGUAAUUAAUAAAAUAAUAAGACAUGAUUGAUUCGAUUAACCUCGCAUCUUAUUGGUUCGAUUAACCCUUUGAAACUAA